AUGGAACAUUCAAUGAUUCAAUUGGAUGAUUUACCUGAUGAGAUUCUUAUGAUGAUUUUUAAAAACAUGUGUCAAGUUGAUGUCCUCUAUUCUUUAAUAGAUGUUAAUCAACGACUUAACACAAUUGUACAUGAUCCAAUUUUUACUACUCAUUUGACUUUACUGGAACAUUUCUCGGAUGGCUCCAUACAUUCAUUAACGGAUACAAUGCUUGAUCAAUUUUGUUUACAAAUUUUACCCAAAAUUAAGCAUAAAAUCAAAUGCUUUGAUCUUGAACCAUUAUCUAUGGAACGUAUCCUUCUUGCUACAAAUUAUCCUAGUUUAUAUGGACUUACUUUAUAUAAUAUUGACUUGCGUACAUGUGACUAUUACUUUUUUGGUAAGAUAUAG